CGUGCUUGCGGCGGGAGCUCAGUAGCGGCUCGAACGUCGAGAGAAACUUAGUUUCGGAAAGCCCGAGGAGUAUCGGGUGGACUGAGCAAAAAAUUUUCAUUGAAUCGGGUAAAAGCUACCGGACGCGCGCGCGCGCUCGACCACGUUCGUAAGAAUUUUUUGUUUUUAAUUGCACACACGCUAUUGACACCAAGGAUUAUUGCGUACACUGUGUUAAUAAAAAACAUACAAAUAAAAAUUUUAAAAAGUGUUUGUGCACUGCACCCGUCAAUGGGCUACCUGUCGUAUGGACCGACAAAGUGCUGAUAUGAUUCUGUGAUUAAGACAACGUGUUGUUUUAGCGUACCGCACAUCAUGAAAAGUACCGCGAGAUUUCGAAAUGUGCGCCCAUUUUCACUAUCGCUCCUUGUCUUCGCCACUAUCACGGGUGUACGCGGAUUGGGCAAUGUCUCGAUAAAAGUCCCGCUGGCUGUGGCAAAUGGGUCCACUGUCAAUAUGCUGUGCUCAUUCAAUCUGGAAUCGGAUACACUUUACACGGUUAAGUGGUAUAAGGGUCUCCAGGAAUUCUUUCGAUACGUCCCAAAGGAGAUGCCGCACAUCACGGUAUUUGGACCGCUGGCAUCAAAAGUCGACAUAACCCACAGCAACCAGCACAACCUUAUACUGAAGGAUGUACAGCACGACUUGGCCGGCAGAUACCGUUGUGAAGUCUCGGCAGACGCGCCGUCAUUUCACACCGAACUUCUCUCCAGUUAUAUGCACGUAGUCACUCUCCCGCAAGGAAAUCCUAGUAUACACGUCGAAAAGCUGCGAUACGCAGUUGGCGACACUGUACGAGGGAACUGUACGGUACCACCGGGAAAUCCAACGUCCAACGUUACCUGGACCGUUAACGAGCAUCGGGUGAACUCCAGCUUCUUAUCUAAUAUCUCAGCGAACACUGGAGAAAACUUGCAGAUCACCAUUGCUGGAUUGGAUUUUGAAAUAAUUCCGGACAGCUUUAGCAACGGAAGGUUGCAUAUCACUUGUCGUGCCAAUCUCUUUCAUCUUUAUCAAGCCGAGGCUGAUAUUAUUCUUGAAGAGGAACGUCCAAGAUUAGCUUCAGUGUUAGGAACUCGUGAAUCCUCCUAUAUAGGAACUGCUGCGAAACGAUCUGAGGAUUGGAUUUAUAUGGGUGUGGUCGUCAAUUUGAUACUGUGCGGCUUGAGAUAACAUCGAUAAACCACCUACUGAAUAUCUAAUGCGUUUGACUGUAAUCGACGAUGCGGAGGAGUAAAUUGUUUGUAAAAUUUUUGGAAUUAUUAAAGCGAUGAGGGAACCUUUCGUUGAAACAUUAACGUGCGUAUAUUAUUCGUGUAAAUAGGAUAACUUAGGUAAUCUACGUGUAAGGCGCGUAUGUAUACGUCACAUUGUGACAUAAUUGUAAUCUAAGUAAUGUUAUUGUAUUAGAUCGGCCAUACUUUUACGCCGAGUAUCCACGACUUAUUUCGAAAAUAUUAUACGGUGUUUUGUA